AUGGUAGAAUCAGUCGAAAAUGCGCCAGUUCGCUCCUAUAUUUCCGAUGAGUUCACUGACCCAUUGCCCAGAGCAUAUCCACCUGUUCGUCCGAUUCUAGACCUGUUUUCAUUGGCUGGAAAAGUUGCUGUUGUGACUGGAGCUUCAAGGGGUCUUGGAUACGCGAUUGCCGAGACCUAUCUACAGCAGAAUGUGUCUGGAUUGGCUCUUGUGGAUUAUCUUCCAAGUGACGAGGUUGUUGAGGAAUUACGUUUGAAAUAUCCCAAAGCCCGGAUCGAGGGCUACGUCUGUGAUGUUUCCAAAAGUGGGCUGGUGGAGAAGACAGUUCUUCAGAUUGAAUCUGACUUUGGCACCAUCGAUAUUUUUGUGGCCAACGCCGGAAUUGUCUGGAAACAAGGCCCAAUUCUGAGUCCAGAAAACGAGUCUGAUUCCCAUUGGCAGAACAUCUGGGAUGUUAAUGUAAGCGGAGUCUACUACUGUGCCAAACAGGUUGGUCGUAUCUUCAAGAAGAACGGCAAGGGUUCCUUCAUCGUGACUGCUUCCAUGUCUGCCUUCAUUGCCAACACUCCAUUUAUGCUCUCGCCUUACAAUGCCACAAAGGCUGCCGUCAAGCACCUAGCCACGUCUCUAGCUGUGGAAUGGGCCGGAUUUGCGCGUGUUAACUCAGUCAGCCCUGGUUACUGCGACACGGGUAUCAACGACCAUCUUCCUUGGGCCAGCAGGUCCAAGAUGUGGACUUUGGUGCCAUUGGGCCGUGAGGCUCUUCCUUUCGAGGUGGCCAGUGCUUACGCAUAUCUCGCAUCUGAUGCAGCAUCCUACGUUACUGGAACAGAUAUCCGUGUUGAUGGUGGCUACACUGCUGUGUAG